AUGUUCUACUUGAACUCAAAUGGGGCUCUUUUCGAUAGAUACACUCAUUUACAAAUCAACUUGGUUUUCACGAUAGACUCAAUUGAAUCACUCGUUUAUGCUGCACACACGCCGCCUCAUAAUUCAUUUGGCACGAUAUUCAAGAUAUCGCAAUAUAUUUUCAUAAAGGAAACAACUCACAAGCGCACGCUGUACGAACCUGAAUUCUCACAUCCUGACUCCAAAUCAAAGAAAGAAAGUCUUCACUGCGGAAAAGUGCCAAAGGAACAUUUACAAACUAUUGGACAGGGAAGCGAAAUUCUCAUAUGCAUCUUGUUUACAGAACUGAAUACCCAUCUUCUCUUUGAACGCCUGUUCCUGAACUUUCAUGGAUAUUCAUUGACUGUUGCUCAAAUCCAAGCAAAUGCUACAAAGCGACUCCACAAAUUCCGUAAUAGAUUUCACUUUUCAAGAGACGUAAAGAUUCAAUUUCAUCCUUCCUUUGCUUUGAAGAAAGUUGAUAUGAUUGGCAUACCCAUCACCAUUGACAAUUACCGAUCACAAGUGGUGCGAUUUGUGGGCGAAUUUGUGGAGGACAGUCUUGGAAUUCUGUUGGCUCGCCCCGAUUCCAAUCCGUAUAUGUUCCAAAUGCUUCAACCAUUCAGGUACCACGUGUGGAUUCUGUUUGCUGGAUCCCUGCUGCUAGUUGGCUAUUUGGCUCACACGGUCAAUCGAUUCAGUCCACUUGUUGAACAUCCUCCCAAGUCCAGCCCAAUGAAUACGACCGUUCCGAUGAGGGAAACCAUGUGGUCUUCAUUAACGUGCCUACUGUUUCAAGUGCUACAAAGCGACUCCACAAAUUCCGUAAUAGAUCUCACUUCUCAAGAGUCGCAAAGCGGAUUCUUGAGAAAACAUACUACCCGCAUGCCUCCCUCAUCAGUAGUAUCACCGUUACACUCGUACAAAUCAAGUCCGGUUUUCACAAGCUAUCACGUGCAGUGCAGGCGCCGCGGACAACACACUUACCCUUUGGCGAGUUCAGCCCGAAUCAUCUUGAUGUCAUUCUGGCUUCUGGUUCUAUUGGCCCAUGCAUUUUGGGAAGCGGAUAUGACCGCGCACCUGACCCGCAAUAACUUCAUGCUCCCAUUGAACACCUUCGAAGAGCUUGCAGCUCAAGAUUGGAUCAAGCCGAUUCUGGUCAGAGGAACUUCAACCUAUGCUUUUUUUCAGGAUACCGGUGGCCUUCAACAAUACGCAAAAAUCUACAGCAAAGCGGUGGCGAGUAACCUGAUAUUCGACAACUUCUCCGCAGCAAUCGAAUUCUUGUUGCAUAACCCCGAGCAUGCACUCGUGGGCCGAAGGACCCCAUUGAGCUACGCAGCGCUUAAGCACUGCGACAAACUUGCUUUCGCAUCCAAGACUGUGUUUCACGGACAUUCGGGUUUCGCUACGUUGCCUGAACAGAACUUCGUCGAUGCAUUGUCGAAAUAUCUGUCUAGACUGAAGGAACAUGGAGUCAUCGAUCGCUUGAGAAAAAAAUGGUGGUUUACCGUGGAGAAAUGCACCAACCGGGAGGCAGAAUACAGACAAAUCAAUUUGCGUAAUUCACUCGGAGCCUUGAUAAUCUUGAUACUAUUUAUUUGUUUGAGCAUUAUUGCACUUGCGGUCGAACUGGCCUGGAAGACGAUUCAACGUCGGAAUGUGAAGGCUCCAACAGUCAGUGUCCCGGCAACUGCUGAGAUCAGAUGCUCUCGGACUGUAUCCGCAGCUGGCGACCGUAUGAGACCCCUGGAAGUGAAACAACAAUCAAAGCAUCACUGUGACGCUGCCCCUGAAAAGAAAUGCGAAACUGAUUCGGUUUCACGCAAACGAAACAUUCGUCCUUGA